CAUCGCACCACAUCGUAUCCGGCCGGCACCCAACUCGCAUCCGCCCCGUCGUCUGCUAUCGCGUCGCCCAAGCAUAUCCGCACGUCAUGGCCAGCAAGCAGCCCGCCGCCCAGGCGGCUUCCACGUCGCCGUCCCAGGAAAGCCCCUCGUCCGCAUCGACGCCGGCCCCGUCCGGCCCCGUUUCUGGCGAUGCCGCCGCAGACCCAGCACCGCAAGGCGAAACCCUGCUCGUCGACCAGCCGACCGGAAAGAAAUGGCGGAACUGGUGGGUCCGGGCCUUGUGGACCUUGAUCAUGAUCGGCGGCUUUGCCGGAGUCCUGGCUGCGGGCCACAUCUGGGUCGUCCUGCUGAUCAUUGUCAUCCAGACGCUCGUCUAUCUCGAAGUCAUCUCGAUCGGCUACGUGCGGCUGCCGCGGGAAAAGAAGGUCUCGUGGUUCCGCUCGAUGCAUUGGUAUUUCCUCGGCAGCACCAACUACUUCCUCUACGGCGAGAGCAUCAUCCACUUUUGCAAGCAGCGGCUCUACAUUGAUUUUCUGCAGUUCGUGCCGCUCGCCACCCACCACCGCUUCAUUUCCUUUGCCCUCUACUGCGUGGGCUUUAUCUUUUUCGUCAUCAACCUGAAGAAGGGCCAUUACAAGGCGCAGUUCAGCCAGUUCGGCUGGACGCACAUGACGCUGCUGCUCGUCAUCUGCCAGUCGCACUUUAUCAUCAACAACAUCUUCGAGGGCCUGUUCUGGUUUGUCCUGCCAGUGUCGCUCGUGAUCUGCAACGACAUCAUGGCCUACAUCUUUGGAUUCUUCUUUGGACGGACGCCCCUCAUCCGGCUCAGUCCCAAGAAGACCUGGGAGGGCUUUGUCGGCGCCCUCUUCAGCACCCUCGUCUUUGGCUUUGUCGUUGCGGGCUUCCUGUCGCAGUACCCGUAUAUGAUCUGCCCGGUGCGCGAUCUGCACACCACCUCGCUCUCGACCAUCGACUGCACGCCCAACCCAGUCUUUGUGCCAAGGGAAAUCCUACUGCCCGCCACCCUGCACUCGCUGCUCGAGCCCGUUCCGAUCCUCAACCAGCUGACCUUUGUCAAGGUUGCGCCCGUCCAGUUUCACGCCGUGGUCAUGGCCUGCUUUGCCUCGCUCAUUGCUCCGUUCGGAGGUUUCUUCGCUUCGGGAUUCAAGCGCGCCUUCAAGAUCAAGGACUUUGGUGACUCCAUACCCGGCCACGGCGGCAUCACCGACCGCAUGGACUGCCAGUUCCUGAUGGGCCUAUUCUCGUACAUGUACUAUCAAUCGUUCAUCGGCACGGGCGGGACCACCGUCGGCGAGGUACUCCAUCUGGCCAUCACAAGCCUCUCCGACGAAGAGAAACUACAACUCUAUGCCGAUUUUGGAGACUACCUCAGGAAGCAGGGGCUGCUGCCUUGAUUGCCGUCCUCGCUUCUGCCCCGACCUGCCGCCCUCUGCUAUGCGUCGCCCGGGAUGCUGCUGCCAACAAUCUCUUUGGCAUACACGCUCCUGUCUGGCCAUAGCCUCGGCCGGGGCCCCGCUUGAUCGUCACGCCCAUUUCCUCGGCGCCCCAUGCCAAGAACUAUUUAUCCGCUCGCCGUCUCUGCUCAAGUGCGACUUUCGCCGGACGCUGUAUCGGUCGAGGCUGCGUCGGUCGACUUUGCCCAGCGCGCUCUCGGGCUCGGCUUGCCGUACGCUUGAUAAUGCACAAUCGAAUGCCGGUGGUGCGGAGCCCAGGCGUUCCGUGCGAAAGAAAACAAAAGGAGCCAGGACAACCCUGUAUUUACAGGCGAUCCAAUAUAAAACGGGACACCCGGGAUUUUGACCAUUCA